AAACAUCAAAUUUUGGUUAUCCUAAAUUCAAUUCCACUUUGCUGUCAAAUCAAUUUUAAAUUCGUAUUAAUUUUAUUGAACUCCCACAUAUCGAUUCAAGUUGAUUACAUCUUUAACAAUUACCGCAAUAAUUUCCAGUUGUUACAGGAAAUUCAGCACCAAAAAUAAACAAUUAUUCAAACCGCACAACGGACGCCAUCUUGUGCAUGUCCCAUCCAAUAAAAACGCGGGAUUUCACAGAACAAAUAUUAUUUAUUGCGCGAAGAUAAUUCUCCUCAAACUAAUUGAGGUUAUAGUAAAAACGAAUGGAAUAAUUAAUGAAUCAUUGUCAAGGAUUUGUUGUCACUCGGACGUUGCAAAAGUGAAAAAAAAAAUGGAACCGCCGAAGAAGAGGGCAAAAAAUCCGGGUUUACUGGAGAAGUUCAUCGAGAAUCGCAAAAAGGCUGCCGCUUCAAUAAUGGAAUUUUCACUGAAUAAAAAACGAAUCAGAGUUCUGUCAAAUGCUAAGGAAGUGGCGAAGGACUCAAAGGGGAUUUUAUAUUGGAUGUUCAGGGACCCUAGAGUCCAAGAUAACUGGGCUUUUCUCUAUGCCCAAAAAUUGGCAUUGAAGAAUCGUCUGCCUCUGCACGUCUGCUACUGCAUUGUACCGAAAUUCCUGGACGCAACGUUACGUCAUUACAAAUUUUUGGUGGAGUCCCUGGAGGAGGUCUCCACGGAUUGCAGGGACUUGAACGUCAAUUUCCAUCUGCUUCUUGGAGAGCCCAACUCAGUGGUCUUGGAUUUUGUUAAAAAGUACACGAUGGGAGCACUUGUAAUCGAUUUUUUCCCGCUGAGACUCCCACGAUUCUGGGUCAAAGAUAUCCAGGAGAAAUUACCAGAAGACAUUCCACUCUGUCAGGUCGAUGCUCACAAUAUUGUCCCCUGCUGGCAGACAUCCGAUAAAUUGGAGUACGCAGCUCGUACAAUCAGGCCAAAGAUAAACUCAAAAUUACCAGAGUAUCUGACGGAAUUUCCCCCAGUGAUAAGGCACCCUUACGACAGUGCCUUCAAAUUUCCAGGGAUUGAUUGGAAAAAUUGUCUGAAUGGAGUUUUGAUUGACAAGACAGUGGACAGAGUGGAGUGGUGCAAGCCAGGAUAUCGAGGAGCUGUUGAGCAGCUGGAGAUGUUUGUCACCGAGCGCCUGAAGAACUACAACGAGAAGAGGAAUGAUCCAGUGGAGGAUGCCACCAGUGGCCUCUCCCCUUGGUUCCACUUCGGUCAGAUUUCUGUUGCCAGAGUAAUCCUCGAGGUUGAGGAGCACAAGAAGAGCUGCCAGGCAUCAGUCAAUUCGUUUAUGGAGGAGGCAAUCGUCAGGAGGGAAUUGAGCGAUAAUUUCUGUUAUUACAAUGAGAAUUACGAUAAGAUCGAGGGCAGUAAUGCGUGGGCUAUACAAACCCUGGACGCUCACAGGAAAGAUAAAAGAGAGUGGAUUUACACACUAGAAGAAUUCGAGACUUCCCAGACCCACGAGGACCUCUGGAAUGCAGCCCAGAAUCAGUUGGUGAGAGAGGGAAAAAUUCAUGGAUUCAUGAGGAUGUACUGGGCUAAAAAAAUUCUCGAGUGGAGCCGAACACCAGAGGAUGCCCUAGCCUGGUCAAUCUAUCUCAAUGACAGGUACAGCAUGGAUGGAAGAGAUCCCAAUGGUUAUGUUGGAUGUAUGUGGUCAAUCUGUGGAAUUCACGAUCAAGGAUGGAAAGAGCGUGAGAUAUUUGGAAAAAUUCGUUACAUGAACUACAAAGGAUGUGAAAGAAAAUUCGAUGUGAAAGCGUACGUUAAAAAAUUCGACGGGAAAAUAGUGAACAAAGAGAAGAGUAAGAAAAUCGUAAAAUCGACGAAGAAAUCCAGGAAAUAGGUAUAUCUUUCAAAUUAAUCUGAAAUUUGUUUGUGUAAACGCGAUGUAUUUAUUUAUUGUUUUUUAAUGAAUAAGAAUACAAUUUAUUUUUGCAAAUUAA